GAGCCUGGAGCUGAGAGGCGAACGGAGAGCACAGUGGAGCACACGGGCCCUGCCCACCUGCCUGUCCUGUCCAAGGAUGCUGGGGCCGCGACCAGCCGGUCACAGGCGCGUCCUAGCGUUGGGGGCACGCACUCGUUCCCGUGUGCGACGCGGGCUGGACCGUCUGGGGCCCCGGAGGCGGUUUAAGAACAUUUCCGGGCCCUGUGUCCCCCAUAGUUGGGGGAGCCACCGCGAGCGAGCACAGGGGAACGCGAGGCCGGGGUGGGUUCCCGGGCGCCGAGGACGCAGGAGGAGGCGGAUCUGGGGGCCGGGGGGCGGCGCAGAGACGGGGGCGUGUGGGGAGCGGGAACGCGCUUUGGGGAGCGGCGCAGGCGGAGCCGGCCAGAUCUUUAAGGCGGGGGAGGGUGGUGCGGAUUGGGAGGUAAAAGGUCGGCCUGACCCGGGAGCCGAGGAGGCCGGGCUGGCCAAAAGGACCCCGCCCACGGACGCGGCCCACGCGAGGCCCCUCCCUCCCCAGCGCCGAGGACGCGCUUGUCCGAAGCGAGCGUGGCGCGGAGUCCGGGGAGAGACCGAGGACUGUGGCCCGCGGACCUCCCCGCCCCCACACCCUGGCCCAGCCUCGGAUCUAGCUCUGUCACCCAGGCUGGAGUGCCAUGGCGUGAUCAUGGCUCACUGCAGCCUCUACCUCCUGGGCUCAAGCGAUUCUCCGGCAUCAGCCACCUCCUGAGUAGCCGGGACUACGGGCGAGCACGACCGCACGGGGCUAAUUUUUUUUUUAGUAGAGACGAGGUCUCACUGUGUUGCUUAAGCAAAGGUACAAUUCCUUGUGUGGACAUAUGUUGUCAUUUCUCUCAGGUGGAGACAUAGGAGUGGCAUUGUUAGGUCAGACGGUAAAUAUACAUUUUACUUCUGAAGAA